AUGCAGCGGCCUUACCGACGACGAUAUCUGCGACCGAAUAACAUGCACGAAGCGUUUUAUGGCGACUUCGAGUAUGCGGUAACAAAGAAGAAACCGCCCCGCAUAUGCUUCGGCACAGGCCUCGAACGCGAAGUGUUACCUAUGAAAGGGCCUUCUUUAAGUCCAUUUAUGAGACGAAAUGCUCCUGAAAUUAAACCAAAUUUAGGUCCUGGUACUUAUGACGAUAACCGAGACGCCUUUUAUGAUCUUACACAUCGGAUUUAUAGUAAGUGCUAUUAUGGAACUAAAUCCCCAAGAUGGAAGGUGAAACGCGAGUAUCAACCACCUCCAAAAGAACUUCCGCCAAAAGAAUCAGUGCCUCAAAACUGCGCACCUUUUAAUUCUACUUCGAAGAGGAAACCUUUUUUUAAGAUUAAUGAUUUCCCUGCACCAUGUGACUACUAUCCUGAAUAUAGAAAAAGACAAAUGCGUUUUGUGUAUAGUUUUUCUGGCAAAAAGGUUUUAAGAUGCGCGGUUCAGAUAAAAUGUGUUCCAUACAAUUUAGACGCUUGUGGAUUUUGCGGCUGUUCCUGUUCAGCUCAGGGGGAUUAUUGGCAAUUUGAAAAUAGAAUAUUUUUGUGUAGAAAACAUUACACGAGAUUAUUCAAGCACUGCUUGUCUAAAUUUCAGGGCGCCAAAUUAGCUGAAUUUAAGUCAGUAAGAGACUGCUUCUUCGCACAUUCACACAAUAGCUGUAAAGCUGCUGUAAAAAUUAUGAAAAGUGAAGAAAUCGAGAAAAAGCUGAGAAAAGAGGCCUAUUUAGAUUUAUAUUUUCCGCAACGAAAAUUCUGCAAUAAC